UGCAUGCAGCCUGCAGCCGGCCGGCCGCCUGGCCGGCCCGGCGCGGCUGCGCUGCAUACUAGGCCUGCGAAACGUUUUAUUUACGCGUUUGCACUCUUAGUCCGAGAACCUUGGAACUCGUUUUGGACGGAAUCCGUUGCAUCCUAGCUGAAAAUCAUGUCGUUGUUAACAAAACCCAAGAGUGAGAUGACUGCUGAGGAGCUCGCUAAGCGGGAAGAGGAAGAGUUCAACACAGGCCCGCUUUCAGUCCUGACACAGUCCGUCAAGAACAACACGCAGGUCCUGAUCAACUGCCGCAACAACAAGAAACUGCUGGGCAGAGUCAAGGCAUUUGACCGGCAUUGCAACAUGGUUUUGGAAAAUGUGAAGGAGAUGUGGACAGAGACCCCCAAGGCAGGUAAAGGGAAGAAGAAGUCCAAGCCCGUCAACAAGGACCGCUACAUCUCCAAGAUGUUCUUGCGAGGAGACAGCGUCAUCUUGGUCCUGAGAAAUCCCCUGGCCACCGCCAAGCAGUGAUCCAUGUCCAACUGUUCAAAUUGAAGACUUUCCCGGACAAUACUUUUGAGGAUUCUUUUUUUUUUUUAUUUAAAAAAAAACCCACACGGCCCAGUUCAUGCAGGAACAGACAGACACUCUGGGGAUACCUCCCCCCAAAAAGCGUCAGUGUGCAACAAUACCUUGACCAGUCUGUCAUUAGCUCUGCAGUCCACUGUAAAAUAAGUGCACCAAGAGAACAGAAACUGUUGUACUGCAAAUAAAGCCACUGUGGAGAUAAGCCUCCUGUGGCUUUGAUACUUUAUGUUUUGCUGUAUACCAUCUUUGUCGAUGUGCUGAUAGAUACCAGGAUAUCAUGUCACCACACAAAUUGUCGGAAGAUUUUUGGAUUGGAUGCUGCAUUUUAAGCUUUACUGUCUGCUCUGCCUGGCACCAAAUUCCAACUAAAUGUACAAUUCGUUAUUCUCUUUUGAAUAUACCCAUCCAGUAAACCCUGCCCACUGCACACACAAGCAAUUAGCACUAGCUUCUCCACAAAGCCAUGGUGCAUGUGCUCACUGCCAUCUGCACCUGUCGUACACCUGUGCACACAUGGCCAAGCAUUUAUGCCUGCGUUGUUUCUGAGACUUAAAUCACGUUUGUGAUUGGUCGGUAGACCAUAGGGUGGGGCUGAAUGGAUCACUCUGUUGCAAAUUAAAAAUACUGUUGGAUGCUCUUGAACUGGAGACCAAUUUCAGGUGUGUGGCUAACCUUUACUGUGGUGCAAGAUUUAACUUGCUUUAGUGUACAAAGACAAAUGAUGCUGGAGUCGGAACGCUGAAACACCUGCUUGAUGCAUGUGAGUGUAGUAAUCACCAAUUUUCAGUCCUGGUUACCGUUCAUCCUUCACUCUUCAGCAACAGCAAUCCCCUCCCCCCAAGGAAAAAACCUCCAUUCAAACAUGCACUUUUGGCAGGAAAACUGCAUGUACAUGUAUUAAUUCUUGUAAAUACAUUAAAGUUUGUGUAAUGCUGGAGUAGGAAAUU